CUCGUGACCACUUAGUCCAGUCACUCCCCAGAGGUAAGGCUGAGAAUACGCUCCCUCAUAGCUAGGCUGUCUUGAGCUGGCUACUGUCUCGUCCAGGAUAAUAUUUCUGUUGUUUCAGUUAUCCUUGUUGGAGACAUCAUCAUCAAAGUCGUGAACACUAGUGACUUGUGCCAAAGGUCAUGUUGAGUCUCUUGUCGAGAAUUGUGACAGGAAGCGACUGUGAAGAAUGUCAGGCACCAGCAAACGCCAAGGACUUCGUGGGGUCAUCAGAGUCGUCGUCACUGACGGACGACACCGACGAGGAGGAGCUCAGCCCACCCAUGCCAAUCAUUAACAUCGAUCAGACGGAAUUGGCUGAAGACGCCCUCCAUCUUCACAAACAAACAACUGUAACGUCCGUCACACGGUCAGACUCCUCUGAGGACGUGGAUGACUCACCUGCCGAGAAAGACGUGGAGGUGUUGGCCCCCGUCGUCCUCCCAAGCCAGGAUGUGUGUCGUCGCAUCCUAGAGUUAGUGGAGUACUACCUGAGUGAACACAACUUGGUGAAAGACAUGUUCCUCCUGAAGCACGUCACCAAGCAUCACGAGGGCUACGUCUCGAUCAAACUACUCACCAGCUACAAGAAAGUCAAGCGGCUCACCAAAGACUGGAGGGUUGUUGCGCAUGCGCUUAAGGCUUCGAAGACACUUGAGAUAAACGAGAAUAAGACGAAAGUUCGGCGCGUGACUGUGUUGUCGCAGGAGCUGGAAGAUGACACGAGGGCCUUCAGGACGCUGCUCGCCACCAACAUCGCCAGAGAAGAUGCCAAUAUGAAUAAUUUAGCAGAGUUUUUCGCCAAGUUUGGUGAGCUGACCUCCUUGCAGAUGCACAAACCCAACGGGCGAUCCUUGGAAGAGGUGCGGCUAGCUGAGCGGGAACACCCUGGCAUCAUCAACACCAUAUGCGCCAUUGUGGAAUACGAGAGGGUACACUGCGCCCGACAGGCACUAAGGUCUAUACUUAAUAACUCAGAGUGUAACAUGAAGGCACUUGAGUUACCCCGUAAAAAGCGUGAGACCAAGCUGAGCACCAAGACUCACGCUGAAGGAGAAAGUGCUUAUUACAGCACUUCAGAUAUGUCGGAGCCAACAUCACCUGAGAGUCAUAUGAAGAUGUUAUAUAAAAAAAAUCUGAGGUCCCCGUGUUCUUCACUGGCCUCGUCUCCUGUCAUAUCUCCCGUUUUACUGCGUCGUCACCGCAAACCGCAGCACUCAUCUCCAGAGUCCUCUCCUCCAUCUCCAUACAACCUGCGUCGUAGUCCUGCAACACCCAGUUCGUCUCCUGAAGACCGCCCUGUCUUCUUCCCACGGUACGAGGUGCCUGGCUCCUCUCCACUACCUCGGCGUCAGCUGGGCCCCCGGGGUAUCACGUCGACACCCAGUUCCCCUAACACCUGGCGUCAAAAGAACUUUAUUAACGACAUUAACAGCGCCAAAGCUCUCGAAUCUGCGGUACCAGCGCCCCUCAGUCCUUGGCUGAGACGUCGUGUCUUUGCAGCAUCAGGAAGUGUUACCUCCAAUUCCGUUGUUUCGUCUCCCUCUGCUUCCCCCAGUCUCCGACGACGACAAGAUGCCUCCUUGUUUGUGCCAGAGAACGUAACUCGUCUCCCCAGGGGGCCAGACGGCACACGGGGCUUCCUACCUCGACAACCCAUGGUGAACGCACAGGCUUGAGUCCCCACCCAAAACGCUCGUUGAAUUAAAACUGCACAGGAGCGAGCACGACUCUUCUAUAUAUAACCAACCUCUCAUAACUCUCAGUAACAUUGUGUUUAUAUACUGGUACACUCAAGAAGUAGUGGUAGCUUGUUAUACCUGUGAUAUAUUAUUGUUCAACGCAUAGGUACUAGAUCAUACAACUAACACCAAACAUGUAUAAUAAUAAAGUCACUGAUUAUUAUAUAUUAUUCUAUUUAUGUUAUAGUAAAUAAGAACAACGAAA